AUGGCCGGUGCCUAUUACGACCCUAUCAAUUGUACGCUGUAUCUAUUGGAAGACACACCAGAUAACAGCCACUUUGAUCUCACCAAAGCUUUGAUCGAGCAAGUAAACCCGAGCAUGAUUCUCACCAGUUCCAAGGCGGACGAUAAUUUCAUGGAUGUGCUUCGUGACCAUAAAAGAGAUCCAAACCUGCAAAAGUGGAACGCCUCCGUUCGUCUGGCCAACUUCACUUCCGUAGAGAGCUCCCCCUGUCUCAGCUGUGUGGGCGCACUUAUUGAUCACUUGUUUCGCGCAAGAGCGGUAUCUGAGCCGGACGAAGACGUAGUACAAGGCCUCGAAGUUCAAAGCAUCGAACCCUUGCUUCUCCUUCAGUCCAUGCAGAUCAAUGCAGACGCCCUUUUCUCAUUGCAGAUUUUCGAGGACGAGAACCACGCCUCCAUUCACUCGGACAAGACCAAGGAGGGGCUUUCGCUCUUCGGUAUCCUCAACGCUACGAAAACUUCGCUGGGUCGCGCCCUCAUGCGCCAGUGGUUCCUUCGCCCUUCGUUGUCGCCGGAGGUCAUCGGGUGCCGCCACGAUGCUGUCGAAUGCUUCGUUCGGCCGGAUAACAUUGUGACCGCGGAAGCGAUGCACGGACACUUGGCCGGGAUCAAGAACGUCCCGAAGGUUCUCGCCGCCCUGCGGUCGGGAAAGGGAAAAAGAUCAGAUUGGCAGGGUUUGGUUAAGUUCGCAUUUCAUGCUCUAUUGCUGCGCGAUGCCGUCUUGGAGCUCCACCGGGCCAGUAACGUUCAGAUCGUUGGUCAGCUCCUCGAUGCUCUUGAUACAGCGAAGUUCAGGGAGAUUGGAAAUGCUGUCAACGGGACGAUUGAUUGGGAGGAGAGUUCAAGCGCAGAUCGUAUUUGCGUCAGACCGCACGUCGACGACGAGCUCGAUAACCUUAAGCACAUCUACAAUGGAAUAGACAGUGUUCUUUCCAAAGUUGCAGUCAAAGUUUCUUCAACGAUCCCUCCAGAUUAUACGUCGACCUUGAACGUUGUCUACUUCCCUCAACUAGGCUUUCUGAUUUGUGUACCGAUGAAAGAAGAGUGGAAGACCGAGGCGGGUAUUGACGUGUUGGAAGGCUGGACAUUUCAGGUGACUCCGAGACCGUUUGUUCUUUACCCCGUGCUGACCCUUGCAAGUCAUGUUUACUUCAAGUCUCAGGAGAUGCACGAUCUGGACGUGCAUAUAGGCGACUUGCAUCCCGCGAUUGUCGACCGCGAAAUCGAGAUCAUACAAGCGCUACAGGAGCAGAUUCUCGCCCAUGACAAGGCUAUGGGUCAUGCUUGCGAUGUGUGCGCAGAGUUAGAUUGUUUGAUAUCCUUUUCUUCCGCAACUCGCGCGUACGAGUAUCGAAGACCAAUCAUUGCGAGCGACAAUAUCAUUGACAUCAAAAAUGGCAGGCACCCUCUACAGGAACUAGUCGUCGACACCUUCGUUCCGAACGACGCAUUCCUCGCAGGUGGUUCAGGAAUCGGAGCAACAGGUGAAGUUUUCUAUCAAGACGACGCUCUCGAUGAAGAGGUCCAGUGCCCAAGAAGAAGCGUCGUCAUAUGCACGGGUGCGAAUGCUUGUGGGAAGAUUGCCUUGAUCCAAUACAUGGCCCAGGUCACCGAAUCAGCAACGCUGGGAAUAACAGACAAAAUAUUCACCAGGGUCCAGACCCGAGAAUCGGUGUCCAGAGUGCAAUCUGCGUUCAUGAUUGAUCUCAAUCAAGUAUCUCUUGCUCUACGAAACUCUACGCCGCGCUCUAUGGUAUUAUUGGACGAGUUCGGGAAGGGAACGCUCCCCACAGACGGGGCCGGGCUUCUUUGCGGUGUAUUGAAACACUUUCUGGAACGCGGCGACGAGUGCCCGAAAAUCAUCGCGACCACACACUUCCACGACAUUGUCCACCCCGGCCUGCUGGACCCGUGCAAGCUGCCCAUCGGCUUCGUGCACAUGCAGGUCCUUCUCGCAGGCGACACCGACAUGCUCGAAACGCAGAGACAAGAGACGAGGACGGCGCGGGUGGCGAACGGCUACUCGCUGCACUCCCACGCGAUAACAUGCGCAGAGCUCUUCGGCGUCCCGAAGCGAGUGACGGCUCGCGCGAAGCACGUCAGCGAGCUGCUCGACCAGCACGAGCUCGGCCGGCUCCUGGACGAGGAGAUGACGGAGGAGGAGCAUCGGGGGCUCGCGGAGGCGGAGGAGGUCUGUCGGCAGUUCUUGGCGUGGGACGGGGAGGCGCACGUCGCUGGGGAGGGUGCGCGGACGGUGCGCGAGAUGCUGGCCGAGGCGUUGGGCCGCAAAGACGGGGAGUAG